UCAUAAGGUCAUGUGCCACUUAUUAGCAUUCCUAUGUUUAAACAUACAGAAACUGAGGAUUAGCAUUAUCUGGUCAAAGUUACACAGCAAAAUCUAACUUAACACAAAUAUGUAAAAAAAACAAAAAAUUGUGCAACUCAGUGCCUACUUUCCUUUCUAGCAAACUAAGGACAUGCUUAACAUUCAGCAAUAAGUUCACCCAACAUUUGCUCGGCCCUAUAUACUGUGUAAAGUACUUCCAUAUAUAUCCUCUCCUUGUACCCUUACAGCAAUACUCUUAAAAGAGUUAGAAGAAAGUGUUCUUAUCCCUGCUUUACAUAUGAUAAAACUAUCUAAGAAAGGUGAAGCUGCACAUAGUCACACAGUUAAUUUGCUCUAAGUCUGACUGCAGAUGUUAUUCCUGCUACAACAUGGGUAAACUUCACUUUCAUUGUUUCAAUUAUCUAAGUGCCUAUGAUUCCCUAAUCGCAUUUCUAAUUUUAGUAUUCAUCCUGAACCCCAAAUCUAUACACAGUAUUCAACAGUUCUCGUCUCCCUUAUAAGUUCUACGAACUCAUCCAAAGAACGAACACAUAAUCUCGUAUCAAAACUUGUUCCUUCUCCUUUAAUCAUUUUCAUUUUUUUUACUGAUCAGUGAAUGCGUAUUGUCCACUGACACGCAGAAGAUAGUCAUUACACAAAUAGCUGUGAAAUACCACCUGCCAUAAAUUAUCCAUUCCAGUACCAUCGGGUGCCACAAGAGAAUAUGAUAGCGUCUGACAUGAUCAGAAAGACUGGGGAAGGCAACAGUAAGAAAACACUAGUCUGAGCAGAGGCCUCGUCGUGGGCGGGGGCAUGGUUCUCCUAUUUAUAGUGAUGACUGACCGGCCACAGGUUAGUAGGUUCGCUGCCUCGUCAGUGCAUAUUCCUAAGAACAAUCCAUAAAGUCGCCUAACGAAGUGUUAGCACUAUCAUCGUUUUUAGGUGGGAUGCAAACUUACAAGAUUGUAACUAUUCUUUUCCCUCUUAUGGUGCCCGUUCUGCCUAAGUAGCUUAGACGGUCCCGUGCGCCCGUCUCCCGCGCGCCUGACCUUGGGUUGCCCCAACCAGGAUGCGGGCCCGAGACCCCCAGGCCUCCCUUACCCCCGCGCCGCCCCAUUAGCCCUCAGAGAGGGUAUCGAUCUUAUUUCUGGGUCUAGGCAAACUCCCAGGUCUAGAAACGUAGAGGUCAGCUGUGACCCCGGGCCAGACAACGCAGGUAUCCAGGACACAGAGCUGCUCUCUCCUAGUAGAGUAAAGGUGACAGGCAGCCCAGGCCUCGUGAAGAAACCCAGAACUGGAGUCCCAAGAGGCCACGCUGAUCUAGCUACCCUCCCAGUCACCUUGCACUCAGUCCCGAGCUGCCAAAGCCUCCGCCGCCGCCGCCACCGCUCUACUUCCGGCCCUGGCUCCGCCCCCACACGCCUACCCGCCAUCGCAAUGCAUUAUGGGCCGCCGUUUCAGUCGGUCGACGCUCACCGGACAGGAAGCGUCUCGGAGACAGUCUGCGACCGGACGGGUCUAGGUGAGACAGAAGCCAAACAGGAGGAGGAAGUGGAGGGUAAGUGCUUCCGGGUCCCCUGGCAAAGCCUCCGCCAUCUUUUCUUCCCCUAAUUUGACCCGUUCUUUUUCCCCUCCUUGAAACCUUGCUCUGUACGCAUGCGCCCUUUGACUGGCCUUUCCCCUAGUUCAAGCUCCCCUCCGAGUCAGCGUCCUGUUCGUUAGGGUUAUCGAGGUGUAUAAUGGUGCAGGGAAAGUGAGACUAUGUAAAACAGAGCGGAUUGGGGCGUUGUGCUUCCUUGUGCCUCGUGAGCCUCCGUUGCCUUGGGCGUUCGUUUUGCGCACCCUGCUGGGAGUUGUAGUCCUGGACCCGGAGGUGCCUGGGAGGCGGGAGGGGGGUUGGGGCUUCUCAGCGCCGAUUCCGCGGGAAGGGCCCUGGGGCCUCACACUUGUAGUCGCGGGAGCUGCAGGUCUUACCCGGAGAGACACUGCACGUGGAGCCCGCGCCGCUGCCGUUCUUAGCCGGCUCUGGAGUGCGGGCGGGGGCAACAGGGCCGAUUCCGGAGUGGGACCGAUCCUUUGAAAUACUUCAGCCAUGACUAAAAGAGAAGCAGAGGAGCUGAUAGAAAUUGAGAUUGAUGGAACAGAGAAACCAGAGUGCACAGAAGAAAGCAUUGUAGAACAAACCUACGCGCCAGCUGAAUGUGUAAGCCAGGCCAUAGACAUCAAUGAACCAAUAGGCAAUUUAAAGAAACUGCUAGAACCAAGACUACAGUGUUCUUUGGAUGCUCAUGAAAUUUGCCUGCAAGAUAUCCAGCUGGAUCCAGAACGAAGUUUAUUUGACCAAGGAGUAAAAACAGAUGGAACUGUACAGCUUAGUGUACAGGUAAUUUCUUACCAAGGAAUUGAACCAAAGUUAAACAUCCUUGAAAUUGUUAAACCUGCGGACACUGUUGAGGUUGUUAUUGAUCCAGAUGCCCACCAUGCUGAAUCAGAAGCACAUCUUGUUGAAGAAGCUCAAGUGAUAACUCUUGAUGGCACAAAACACAUCACAACCAUUUCAGAUGAAACUUCAGAACAAGUGACAAGAUGGGCUGCUGCACUGGAAGGCUAUAGGAAAGAACAAGAACGCCUUGGGAUACCCUAUGAUCCCAUACAGUGGUCCACAGACCAAGUCCUGCAUUGGGUGGUUUGGGUAAUGAAGGAAUUCAGCAUGACCGAUAUAGACCUCAGCACACUCAACAUUUCGGGGAGAGAAUUAUGUAGUCUCAACCAAGAAGAUUUUUUUCAGCGGGUUCCUCGGGGAGAAAUUCUCUGGAGUCAUCUGGAACUUCUCCGAAAAUAUGUAUUGGCAAGUCAAGAACAACAGAUGAAUGAAAUAGUUACAAUUGAUCAACCUGUGCAAAUUAUUCCAGCAUCAGUGCAAUCUGCUACACCUACUACCAUUAAAGUUAUAAAUAGUAGUGCGAAGGCAGCCAAAGUGCAAAGAGCACCGAGGAUUUCAGGAGAAGAUAGAAGCUCACCUGGGAACAGAACAGGAAACAAUGGCCAAAUCCAACUAUGGCAGUUUUUGCUAGAACUUCUUACUGAUAAGGAUGCUCGAGACUGUAUUUCUUGGGUUGGUGAUGAAGGUGAAUUUAAGCUAAAUCAGCCUGAACUGGUGGCACAAAAAUGGGGACAGCGUAAAAAUAAGCCUACAAUGAACUAUGAGAAACUCAGUCGUGCAUUAAGGUAUUAUUAUGAUGGGGACAUGAUUUGUAAAGUUCAAGGCAAGAGAUUUGUGUACAAGUUUGUCUGUGACUUGAAGACUCUUAUUGGAUACAGUGCAGCAGAGUUGAACCGUUUGGUCACAGAAUGUGAACAGAAGAAACUUGCAAAGAUGCAGCUCCAUGGAAUUGCCCAGCCAGUCACAGCAGUAGCUCUGGCCACUGCUUCUCUGCAAACGGAAAAGGAUAAUUGAGCCCCAAGACAUUCUGGGACUCCAAAGUCUUUCUUAAAAUGUUUAGAGCAAGUAUAGCUCUUACCUUUAUUACCGAAUUUGAAUCUUCUUUUAUUUCUAGACUGUACAGUCUGAUGCAUGAUUUUUUAUAAAUAUUUCAUACUCUUGUGAAUUUGGAUCUUUUUACUUUGAGCAUAUAUUUUAGAAUAUGUGUAUGUUAAAGGAUCUCCACAAUGUCUGCAGCGUGAAGGCAGGUUCAUUGUGGAAUAGUUUAACAGUCAGGAAAGCUAAACUGGUCAGUAUUAAUGUGUAGCCCUACCAAAAAUAGCCAGUAGUAUCUGAAAAUGAAAAAUAAAUGAAGUAUCUCCAGGAAACAGUCUGGCUUAACUAUUUUUGAAAAUAUAACUGUUUCCCCUCUCUGCUGCUUUAGAUGUUGCUUUACAUAGAACCAGAAAAUGGAGUUUCUCAGCUAAAGCAUGUGUGCCUGUUUCAUCUAAUCAAGCAGAGCUAAAAUGUUCAUAUCAAAUAAAUUUAUAUUAAUAAAUUACUAAACUAAGAGUAUCAGGUUAUUUAUAUAUUUGCAAGCAAAGGACAGUAAGAAGUUGACUGGCAAAAAGAGCAGUGCUGAAGGAGGAGAUCCAGGUUUAAAUCUGGCUUAUUAACUCAAGCCAAUUGUAAGGAUUUUCUGUAUAGAUUAUUCAUGUCAGACCAAGAAUUUAAAUUAUUUUGAGAGGAAUUUAAUUCUAAUAAACCAGCUGUUACAAAAAUUAUAAAAUGAUCUCUGUUUUUCCUGUCAGAGAUUUAAAAAACUGAAAAGGUAUACCUCAACCCAAAAGUAAAGGUUUGGUUUGGUUUGUUAUGGCUUCCUUUUUUUUAAAAUUACCCUGUAGUGCCAGUUUAUUAUGCAAAGCAGCUUAUAUUCUUGUGUUUCUGAUAAAAUGAAGACUUUAAAUUAGUCAGCAGUACUUUACCUUUCAAGGCAUUAGUAAAUUACUUGCAAAUAGUUUUAAAAAGAAAAUUCGACCUCUGUUAUAGGCAGUCUUCUCUUUAAGAUAAUACUUUUCCACUUAUUUUUCUUUUCCAUAUUAUAUAUGUGUAUACAUAUAUCUAUAUAUUCAGUUGAUCAUUUUAUAAGCAUAUAUGAAGGCAUAAAGAUAUACAGAAGAUUCAUUUUGAUUCAAAUUAAAUAAUUCCUGCAUAUAUGACGUUCCUUACAUAAGCUAACACUAAACAAAAAUGGCUAGAAAUGUCUUUUUCUUUUCUGUUUUUGUUAAGGUAUUAAGCACAAAUCAUUAUAUGAGACUGGCAGAUAGCUAUUAAUCCUCUUACAGAUUUGAGAAGGUUGAUUCUCAAAUAUUUAUGCACCUUCUCCUUCAUUGUUUUCUUUAAAUCUGUCCCCUUCAAAAGCUUCUUAAGAGCUCAGUUAAUGCUUUUAACUUAACUAGGAGAAAAAGGCAUGUUAAUACAGGCAAGAUGGCAUUGUUAGCAAUUCUGGUAGUGGUUUGGAAUGAGUCAUAAGAGGCAGGGAUCUUAAGGACAAGGAAGAGAGGAGGGAUCUUUGAUCUCCUUCUCUGGUAAUCUUAACACAUAAUUUUACUACAACAUGUUCUCUUAAUUCAUUUAUAUUAAGUCCUUUCUGCAGCUGAUACCUGAGCAGAGUAAAAUUUGUAUGUCCAUUAUUACUUUUUUGAAAGAGAAUAUGUGAACAAAUUAUUAGUACAAUUUGGGCACUGUGGUUGUAAGAAUGUCUGAGUAAAAUAACAAUAUGAAAUAAUAUACAGAAGCUCUAGUGUCAGAUAACAAAUAGACAGCUAGAAAGGUUUUGCACCAUCCUCUUACGGCCUAGGGAGUUGACAAGUUGCUUGUAGUUUAAAAAAAAAAAAUAAAGUAUACCGUUCUGGUAUAUCAUCAAGAGCUUAAGAAUCUUGGCUUUCAUAUUUAAAAUGCUUUUGGGGAGACAUAUUAAAAUUUUAGCCAAGAUGACAGACAUGUCUCAGUUACAUAUGUGUGUGUAUGUUUUUAAAGCUAGAAACAUUAGUUUUAGAUCCCUAGAAUGAAAAUUCUUUUCUCAUCUAUGCAAUUCCCAUAUGGUUUUUUUAAAAUCAUAUUUUAUUCAUUUUCUCCCUUUAGCAAUUUUCAUUUUAUUUCUCAUAAUUUGAACAGAGACAGUUCUCAUACAUGAUCAGAUGUUUUUUUUCUUCUUAUCAUUUAUGCAUGACAUAAAGUAAUAUGACUAAUUUCUCCAGUUGAUUCAAGAAACUCAUUACUUUGCCUUAAAUUAUAUGUAAAAUAUUUGUUUUACUUACAGUUGUCAGAAAGCCAGGCAGUUUUUCUUCUUGUAUUAAAAGAUAACGUAUUGUGAAAGAAAAUAAAAUUCAUGCUAUUCAUUCUUUGCUUUGUUUUUAUAAAUGAAUUUUUCAUACAAUUUACAGUAUAUUCAAAGGAAGAAAGAGAAAAUUAUUGGUCAUCAUUUGUACCUUAGAAGUACAAUAAUUUAAGUAAAAGAAAUGUUCCUUUUUGUUUUAAAACUUGUUUUCCAUGUGAAGUUUUAAUUGAGCCAACUUUCAUACAUAUCUCGCUAGCCUAAAGUCUAAAUAUUUGUGUUGGCAUCAGAAAAACCAGUUAGGCAGAAUUGCUUUGUGUGGUCGAUCUUCAGAUAAAUUGACUGAUCACAUUUAUUUUUGUAUCAGUCUAUGUCAUUUAAUUAGGAAAAAUUGUUUAGGUGUUUUCUCCCCUGAUUAAUGGUGAUACUCAAGUAUGAUACAAAAAGAAUUGUACCAAAAAAAAAUAUUUUUGCAAGGUCUGCCGUUUUCCAUAUUCCUUUUAUGCUACUGCCUUUAAGAAAGAACUAGUAUCCUUGAAAUAGCACAAAAAUGUUUUAAAAUUCAUAAUUGCAAAACAAACCUGUGACUAACUUAAUGUCUUCAGAUCUAAAGGGUGUAAAAAUAUUGAUACUUCAAUAUUUCACUUGCUGCCAGGAAAAAAAAAAAUUCUCAAUCUUUUGUAAAUGGGAGGAGGACUUUUGCAUACAUUUUUACUCUUUAAAUAACGACAACGACACUUAUACUGUCAUAAUAACAAUUAUGUAUUUCUUUGUGGUUUUAAUUUUUUUUGUAAUUUUACAUAAAACAGUUAUUUUCUAUUUUUACGCAGAUAAAUAUUUGUGCAUAAAAUGUAAAAAUAGUAAAAUGAGAAAAAUAAAACUAUUAUACAGUA